GAAAACAUUCCGGGAUAAUCGCAAAACUUCAUCAUUUGCUGAUCCCUUCUUCUUCUUCAUUCUUCGAUUCGAAAGGAACCCAUCAGUUGUUGUUCUACGCUGCGUAUUUGCUAAGCGGUAAAGAGGAAUUUUUUAUUUUUUCUUCUGACGGAAAAGAGAAAAGAGGUUGAUCGAAUCUUGUGAGCGAGGAUUCGAUCAUCGAUCUACGAAUUGGGUUUUUAAAUGGGGAGGGCAAUUGUAUGCGCCGUGGCUGUAUCUGCGGCGGUGGUAUGUGCAGCCACGGUGCUGCUUGUGCGCCACCGCAUGCGGAAUUCCGGCAGGUGGGCCAAAGCGAUGGCGAUACUGGGUGAGCUGAAUGACAAAUGUGGGACUCCUAUUGGUAAGCUGAGGCAAGUCGCUGACGCUAUGACGGUUGAGAUGCACGCAGGUCUCGCUUCCGAAGGUGGCAGCAAGCUUAAGAUGCUUAUCAGCUACGUUGAUAAUCUACCCACCGGGCAUGAGAAAGGCUGGUUUUAUGCAUUGGACUUGGGUGGCACAAACUUCAGAGUUUUACGUGUUCAUUUGGGUGGAAAAGAGAAGGGCGUUAUGACACAAGAAUUUGAAGAAGUCUCGAUCCCUCCACUUUUAAUGAUUGGGAAUGCAGAUGCAUUAUUUGACUUCAUAGCCCAGGCACUUGCUAAAUUUGUUUCUACAGAAACUGAGGAUUUUCAUCUUCCAACUGGUAGACAAAGGGAAAUUGGUUUUACCUUUUCAUUCCCAGUUAAACAGACUUCCAUUUCUUCUGGGACUCUCAUCAAAUGGACCAAAGGUUUCUCAAUUGAAGACGCGGUUGGACAAGACAUCGUCGCUGAAUUAACAAAAGCCUUGGACCGAGUUGGCCUUGAUAUGCGUGUGACAGCCCUGGUCAACGAUACCAUUGGAACACUAGCAGGCGGCAGAUACUACCACCCGGAUGUCAUAGCUGCAGUUAUUUUAGGAACCGGAACAAAUGCAGCCUAUGUUGAGAGGGCUCAAGCAAUUCCCAAAUGGCAUGGACUUCUAUCUAAAUCAGGAGAAAUGGUUAUUAACAUGGAGUGGGGUAACUUUCGCUCUACUCAUCUUCCCUUAACUGAAUACGAUUUUGCACUCGAUAACGAGAGUUUGAAUCCAGGUGAACAGAUUUUUGAGAAGAUCAUUUCUGGAAUGUAUUUGGGAGAAAUAGUUCGCCGUGUGCUUCUUAGAAUGGCUGAAGAAGCUGCCUUUUUUGGCGACGACAUUCCUAUGAAAUUGAAAAUUCCAUUUAUAUUGAGAACUCCUGAUAUGUCUGCAAUGCACCACGACACAUCUCCCGACCUCAAGGUGGUGGCGACGAAGCUAAAAGAUAUAUUGGAGAUAUCUAACACCUCGAUCAAAACCAGAAAAAUGAUAAUCGAGCUCUGUGAAAUCAUCGCAGUUCGUGGGGCCCGCCUUGCGGCCGCUGGAAUCUACGGAAUCCUUAAGAAACUGGGGAGAGACACAGUGAAGGAGGGGGAGAAACAAAAAUCAGUCAUAGCAUUGGAUGGGGGACUGUUUGAACACUACUCGAAAUUCAGCAGUUCCAUGGAGACUUCACUUAUGGAUUUGCUUGGACCAAUUACUUCGGAAACCAUAGUUAUUGAGCAUGCAAACGACGGUUCUGGCAUUGGAGCAGCUCUCUUGGCUGCUUCACAUUCUCAAUUUUCAGAGAUUGCCUCGUCUUCAAAUUUGGUGAAAACUGUCGUGUAGUAAUUAUUAUUCCGAAUGGAAUGAUCAGUUUCGGUGUCGGGUUGAGUUAAUAAACUGUUUAAGAGAAUGGAAACUGUGGAGUGAAGCCAUUGAGAGUUGCUUACACAUUCACAGGAUCAAAAUGUAUGAAUAAGUGGAUUCUAUUUAUUGGCCUUGUGGUCUUCAAAGCUAUUCUUAAUAAAUAAAAAUGAAGCUUAUUUCAUUA